ACACCACCAUGAAAAGAAAUACCUGUGAUUUGCUUUCUCGAAGCAAAAGUGCUUCUGAGGAAACACUGCAUUCCAAUAAUGAAGAGGAAGACCCUUUCCGAGGGAUGGAACCCUAUCUGGUACGGAGACUUUCUUGCCGCAAUGUUCAGCUUCCGCCUCUUGCCUUCAGACAGUUGGAGCAAGCAGACUUGAAAAGUGAAUCAGAGAACAUUCCCAGACCAACCAGCCUCCCUCUGAAGAUUCUACCACUGAUUGCUAUCACUUCUGCAGACUCCAGUGGUUCUCCCCGAGACUGACUUGGAGGCUGCUGAAAUAGACUUCUUGACAGUCGCUUUUGC